CCAGACCCAUAUUGAGGAGCCCAGGCUCCAAAAGCAGCUAGUAGUGAGUCAGUGGAAGCCUCUUUCAGCAACUAACAGAGGACAAGAGUUACAGCUCCCAGAGCCUUCUGUCAAGAGCCUGGCUGGUGGGGAGGAGACCCUGUCAUUGGCACAACUGAACGUCUCCCGCUUACGCAGCUCCUCGGUAGAAAUCCGUGAGAAGGGUUCUGAGUUCCUGAAGGAGGAGCUCCAUAGAGCUCAGAAGGAAUUAAAGUUGAAGGAUGAAGAAUGUGAGAGACUUUCCAAAGUCAGGGAGCAGCUGGAGCAGGAACUGGAAGAGCUGACAGCAAGCUUAUUUGAGGAAGCCCACAAGAUGGUCCGGGAGGCAAACACCAAGCAAGCAGCCUCAGAGAAGCAGCUGAAGGAGGCGCAAGGGAAGAUUGACAUGCUGCAGGCAGAGGUGACAGCCUUGAAGACAUUAGCUAUAUCGUCAACUCCUUCCUCGCCAAAUCGGGAAUUGCACCCACAACUUCAGAGCCCCACCAAAACAACCUUCAGAAAGGGACAUGGACGCAACAAGAGCACCAGUAGCACCGGUGCAAUCACAGCUGCUGGCCAGAGUGUGCCCCAGGAGUCAGUCAACAGCGAAUUCAAAGAGGUGGAUUCCAUCUUGUUUGCAGAAUUUCAGGCUUGGAAGGAGUCUCCAACAUUGGAUAAAUCAUGUCCUUUUCUCAAGAGGAUUUACCAUGAAGAUGUAGGCCCUUGCCUGGACUUCACCAAGCAUGAACUUUCAGAGCUGGUUCAGGCAGCUGUGGAGCAAAACACCCUUACCAUUGAACCGGUGGCUACCCAGGCAUUGCCAGUAGUGAAGGUGGCAGCCAUUGAAUGCGGCGGACCAAAGAAAUGCGCUUUGAGUGGCCUGUCUCGAGCCUGCAAGCAUCGCAUCAAACUGGGAGAUUCUGGGAAUUAUUACUACAUUUCCCCUUCCUGCAGGGCCAGGAUUACAGCCGUAUGCAACUUCUUCACUUACAUUCGGUACAUCCAGCAGGGACUGGUGAGACAAGAUGUGGAAUUGAUGUAUUGGGAAGUCAUGAGGCUUCGGAAGGAAAUGUCCAUUGCUAAACUGGGCUUCUAUCCCAGCGAGAUGUAAAUGGAAGAUGAUGAUCGGGAAGGAUUUUUACCUUCAGUUAUUCUGUGGACACCCAGAAAAAUCGAUGACAGAAUGUCUGCUCAUAUUCAAGAUGGCACGAUAUUAAUUGAACAUGUAAGAAGCACAGGCUUUUCCUGUUGAGUGGCAGCUUCAGUUUCUUGAGAGCAUCUACUCCAGGCAUUUUUACGCAGUGAAUAUGAACUCUCUGGCACUUUGGAAUGAGGCCAUGUUGGAACUCCUUCCUUUUUUUUCUAUGCAUUCCUCCUCAGCCAGUAUAUAAUAUUCUACUUAAAAACCACUCUAUAUACGCACAUAUAUAAAUAUAUAAAAACAUAUUCCUGAGGCCUUGGCUGGACCUUGGGCUCAUUAUCUGCUUGCCACUCUGAGCUCUAAAUGCUGUUGGUCAUUGCUGCAUAAUGGAUAGAUAGAUAAACAACUGCUCCAGCUUUCCAAAGGCAUGCACCUGUUGAAAACAGCCUUCCUUGAGAGCUGCAAGGUGCAGAACCCUCCAGUAUUUCUUAGGAGCAUGAAGGAGGUAGCUGGGAAAAGUUUUGCUUUUGUUUCUGAUUGUAGCUCAGGGUUUUCCUUUGAGGGAUCCAUAGACCCUUUGCCACACUCUGCACUCUGUAUUAAAGCCAUUCCUGAUCAAAACCCUAGUAAAGAUGGAAGGAUGGGGAAAUGAUCUAACGGAUAGCCACUCACAACUAAUGGACUUCAUUUUUAUGCCACGGACGUUCUAGAACAAGCUCUUCCCACCUGAAAUCAUUUCUCCCAAGGCUUCUUCAACUGUGCUUGGUUGCAUUCAACAUACUAGUCCCGGAUCCAUUGCUAUGAUCUUCCUUAGGCCACAUUUCUGCUGUAAUCCUGGUUCUCAUUUAGAGGUUUGCAUCUGGCUAAGUAUUUUCUAUAUUUCACACACUCACACACACACGCACACACACGCACACACACAAACACACACACACACACA